AUGUUUAACUCAGUUAUAGUAUUAGCAGGAUAUCUCCUGAUAUCGACAUUCACUGUGACAUCAGCAGAUCACGCUGAUGACGUUGUGAAGACUCUCAACAAGAGAUUCAACGACGGCCACCCCACUGAUGAUCUUUCCGAGGCCGGUGUCCUCAUGCAUCAAUAUGAUAACCUCGGAGCCGCAGACUAUAAUGAGUUGUGGCGACCCUACACUGCCCAAGAAUGUUCUAAUGUCACGGCUCAUGCCAACUGUCAGUACUCCGAUAGGAUAUCUUGUCUUCUCAUCAACAAUGAAGUCCGCAGCCCUG